AUGCCGAUUCAAGUCUAUCAGAGCAACAGUGUGGAUGUUCUGGGCGAUGACGGCCUGCUGCGUUACGGGCGCGUCGUGGAUAUCGCUGACGAUGGGCUGUUCAUCGACUUUCUGUGUCCCACCCGAACACGAGAGCACACUCCGUUUAGCAGUGUCUACCUCCCUACUUCCUUAGAGCCUCUCCAUAUGCGCGAAAUCGACCGGCCUCGUACUGUUCCAACCGCGCCGAUCCCCGUGGAAGUGCUGAUACGUGAAACUCCCUUCGAUUCAUGGAUGUGGGUACCAGCUAAAAUGGAAAGCCUAGUGAGCUACGAAGCACCUGCUUUGUAUGGUAUGGCGCUGGUCCGUUGGUGGAAUAAAAUGCAGUUCGAGGAUAUUGUUCCCCUGGAGCGCAUUCGCUGGAGGAUCCCGGGCCCCGGGGGAUGGUGGGGCGCCUUAGGGAUGCCUGCUCCCUCGCAGUUUGCAUUGACUCUUCUUGACUGUGGUGAGGGGAUUGUUGAGGGUGCCGUAUUUGCUCAACCCGAUGCCGUGAUCAAAGGAAAGUUUUCCAAGUGGAGCAUGGCGUUGCCGAAAGAAUUGGCUGUUAAUGGAUACAUCCUCCAGCGCUAUAACUGGGAACUGUGGAUGCGCGAGCCUUUCUGCUGUGUGAAUUUUGCGGAUGGACGCUUGCAGUGUAUUGAACGUCGAACAGCAGCCGAGAAAGCCGAAGCAGUAUCGGAAAAGGAGGCGCGUUAUUCGAAUUUGGAGGGGGCUACGGACAGUUUUGACGGGGUACUGGGACUAAUGUGUUCUUUUUAUCCUAAUAAAUGUCUGCUGUAUGUUUCAACGCAAGACGAAGCUCCAGUGGACGAAAUCGAUGCACUAACUGUGGAAGUGUGGCAGGAAGUGUUUUCCCAUCUGGAGACUUGGGACCAGAACAGACUCCGCACAGUGUGCUUUGCAUGGAACGCCAUCCUUGAGUCAUCUGUCAUAACUGCCCAGCUAGUGCUGAAGACGACUGGAUAUAGCGGUACGUUUGAAACCUCGCGCACACUUGUCCCCUGCAUGAUGUCGACGAUCUUCAACUGUCUGCGUGCAUCCACAAAGCACAUUAUUCUGAGCGAUCCGGAGCGUAUUCUGUAUGUGGAAGAUCUUUUACAACUUUUGGAUGUGAUUAACUACACUGGAAAGCGCAACACUGAAGUCAGUGUUUUAGCGAUCUGGUUGGUUGGUUGCCGGUGUAAGUUUUCCCUUGGCAUGAUUUCGUACGCCGACGAGUGUGUUGUGCAUCAUUCUGACCACUCCGUGAACCAGUUCCACGGCCGUGCAACUCUCCAUUCCGGAAUGCAACGGCAGGUACGAUGUCGACUUGGUACCUGCUGA